AUGACUCAACUGAACUUGGAUUCCAUUCAUAUUCCUUCAAACGAGAGACAAAGAUCUGCAUCAACUGCUGCAUUACACCCCGACCUCGGCACACUCACGUCAAAAGAUCCGCACUUGAUGCUGAACUCCUCAGGCUUAUCUCCCGGCGUCGGUACGAGUGGUAUCACAAGCAGCACCUCCGAUAUCCCUCCCGACUUAGCCAUAUUGUUACAAAAGUUGGAUGAGGACUUUUUGGUGAAUAAAUCAAUCGACCAGUGGACAUACAUAAACCGAAGAGAGGAGAUAAUGCAGUCGGUCAACAGACUUCACCAAAGACAAAACCAAGAUUAUUUCCCUUUGGAUCCGAAUCUGUUGGAGCUACCACUCAAACCAAGGAGAUCGGCAACGUUUUUUACAGACAACAAAACUUCAGAUAACAUUCUAGAUAUAUUGAAAAACAGAGCUAGCAUCUACAAAUCUGACUUGGCUUUCGUGGUGUUGGACUCGAGAGGAAAAGAAGUCAAUUCAAUUACAUGGGAAAAAUUAUAUUUGAAAGCUGUGAAAAUAGCUUACGAAAUUCAACACAAAUCAUCCAUGAAAAACAGUGAUACCGUCAUUCUUUUGUACAAGGAUGGGGAGGUUACUGAGUUUGUUGCGGCGUUAUUUGGAUGCUUUUUAGCAGGAGUUACCGCUAUACCUAUACACCAAGACAUAUCAUUGAGUGAAGUUCUAAGCAUCCUUACGCUUACAUCGUCCAAGCUUCUUUUAUAUUCUGAUACAGUGGCAAAAGAGCUCGAAAGACUCAACGCUCAAAAUCUGAGAAUACAAUGGCCUGCAAAACUAUUACGAUGGAGGACCACCGACUUUGGCUCUGCGAAAAAGUCGGAGCUAUCUUCUUGGAAUUCCAAGCAUCAAAACAAACGUGAUUCUGCGCAGAAUAUGAAUUUGGCAUAUAUUGAGUUUUCAAGAUCUCCAGUUGGGGAGCUACGAGGAAUUGCACUUAGUCACAAGACCAUAUCACAUCAAAUGCAAUGUCUAGAUGCAGCACUUCUGAGCUUGCCAAAUUCAGGAGGAGCGUUUCGCCGUAGCAGCCACGAAUAUAAAGGAAACAAAAAGGUUGUUUUAGCUACGUUGGAUAUUAGGUUCUCCAUUGGCCUCAUAUUAGGGGUAAUUUUCACCAUUUACAGCGGGAAUGUAUUGUUUUGGGCUCCACAAAGAGUGAUGGAAAUGCAAGGUUUGUAUGCCAAUAUUUUAACAAGAUGUCGUGCUUCUUUGUUGUUGGCAGAUUACCUCGGACUAAAAAGAGUCACUUAUGACUACCAAGAAUCGCCUAGUGCAACGAGAUAUUUCUCUAAAACUCAACGAGUCGAUUUUUCGUCUGUCAAAUGGGUCUUAGUGAAUGCUUUGACUAUAGAUGGAGAGUUUAUGGAGAUAUUAGCACAAAGAUACCUUAGGCCAUUAGGAUGCCAGCAUCCAGAGAAUGCAAUCAUCCCUAUGCUCACUUUGAGUGAGUACGGUGGCAUGGUGAUAUCGCUUAGAGAUUGGCUUGGAGGCAAGGACAAAAUGGGAGUUACAGUAUCUGAUGAAGAAUCAAGUGAUUUGUCAUCCGUGGUUAUUGAUAAGGAGUGUUUAACUAGGAAUGUGGUUAAAAUUGUGGAAACUAACCCAUCUACGUCGGAUGAUAUUGGUAGUAACUACCUCAGGGUUGAUGCCUUUGGAUAUCCUCUUCCUGAUGCGACAUUGGCUGUUGUAAACCCUGAACUGGCAACAUUGGUUCAAAAAGGAGAAUUGGGCGAAAUUUGGAUCGAUAGCCCCUGUCUUUCCGGUGGUUUUUACGGCUUGCGAAAAGAAUCGAAGCUGAUAUUUCAUGCUAAAUGCCGUGGACCAGAUGGUUUGCUUGAGAUGGAUUUUUUGAGAACGGGGCUUUUGGGAUUCACGCAUGGUGGUAAGGUAUAUAUUUUGGGCUUGUACGAAGACAGAAUUCGACAAAGAGUUAGCUGGAUGGACCAUCCGUCGUUCAAGAAAACAACACUAGAUCUUGGGCAGUAUUCAGGAUCAAGAUACCACUAUUCUUCACACUUGCUAGCCACUUUGGCAAGCGAAGUGAAACAAAUUUACGACUGUACGAUUUUUGAUAUAUUUGUUGGUAACGAAUACUUGCCUGUUGCUAUAGUUGAAGCUGAAGUGAUACGGAAGCAAUUUGAAGAUUCGAGUGGUGCAGAUGCGAAUAAUGGAGGAGCAAAAGCCAAAGUUGGAGACCUUGAUCAAAAUAGUGGAGCUCCGCUCAACGAACCGGUAUUGAAUGCGAUUGCCCAAAAAUGCUUUGAUACCCUCUAUAAGAGGCAUUCGCUAAGAUUGUACUGCGUGAUGGUGGUUGAUUGUGACACCUUACCGAAAAUAAUGCGAAGCGGCGGUAGAGAAAUCGCAAAUAUGCUAUGCAAAAAGAAAUUUUUGGAAGGCACCUUGAAAGCAGAUUUUGUUAAAUUUUUUGUUAGGAAAUCAAUCAGUCUUAUACCGCAUGGUGAGGAUGUUAUUGGUGGUAUUUGGUCGCCAUACGUUUCUGAGUUAAGAAAUAAGGCGUUGAACAAUUUCCCCAAUCAGUAUUCUGCCAUUGACUAUCGGGCCAAAACCGUUGACGACAAAACUGGAACAACUUUGUCAGAUUAUAAAACAAUAUGUGAUAUUCUCAAGCUUCGUGUUGCUAAAAACGGGGAUGCCAUUGCUUUUCAGAAUGUGGAUGUGAGCGGAAAGAAUAAGCCUUUAACUUGGAAAAAAUUUGAGCACAAAGUCCAUGCUGUAUGUCAAUAUUUGAUAGAUAAGGCCAACAUUAAGGCAGGACAGUACCUCAUAUUGAUGUAUUCUUUAUCAGAAGACUUUGCUGUGGCCAUAUAUGCUUGUUUUAUUUGUGGCGUGAUACCCAUCCCGAUGCUUCCUUUUGACUCGAACAGGAUUGGUGAAGACUUUCCUGCUUUUAUUGGGGUAAUCAGGGAUUUUGAUAUUUCAGAAAUAUUGGUUAAUGAUGAAGUUGAGAAAUUUUUGAAAAAUGGACCGAUAGCAGAUUCGUUGAAAAAGGUUACUCACAAGCGAGUGAAGUCGUUAAAGAUCAAAAAUACUACAAAACUCAGUAAAGUAUCAAAUGUGAGUUCUUUGACAACAAAAAUUGCGGCUUUUCUGGGUUCCAAUAAGAGCAAUAACGAUGAUGCAAUUGCGUUGGUGUGGCUCAACUUCACGUCUGAUCAUUAUCGUGUUGGGGCCACUUUAAGCCACAAAAACAUCAUUGGGGUAUGUAAAGUGUUCAAGGAAACUUGCAAUCUUAGUUCCCAAUCCUCGAUUGUAGGCUGUGUGAGACAUGCUUCUGGAAUUGGUUUUGUUCAAGCAUGUCUUUUAGGGGUAUUUUUGGGAACCACAACGUACCUAAGCUCGCCUGUUAAUUACGCAGAGAACCCGUUGUCGUUUUUCUUAACGCUCGCAAGGUACAAGGUGAAGGAUGUGUUUGUUACUGAGCAAAUGCUUAAAUAUGCCGCCAUCAAAUUCUCUCCAAAAGGUUUCAAUCUAGCGCACUUGAAAAACAUGAUGAUUAGUACCGAAAGUAGGGUCGAGGUGGACUUCUUGCGAAAGAUAGCUAAAGUUUUCCAGCCUACAAAGUUGAGUGCUGCAUCGAUGUCAACGGUCCACAAUCAUCACUUUAACCCGAUAAUCUCGACUCGGUCUUAUAUGACUGUUGCACCUGUUGACCUAUACUUGGAUCCGGUGGCAUUAAGACAGGGUUAUAUUUCUGUGGUGAAUCAGUCUGAUGUGCCAAAUGCACUACAUGUGCAAGACUCUGGAAUGGUGCCUGUUUGUACAGAGAUUGCCAUAGUCAACCCUGAAACGAGGAAAAUAUGUAAAGAGGGCGAGUAUGGUGAAAUUUGGGUCUGUUCAGAAGCCAAUCUAACUUCAUUUACAAAUGGACCUCGUGGACCAAUUGACCACUUUACGCCGAUUCAAUUUAAUGGAAAGAUUGAAGACGGUAACCCGGGUGUGACUUACCUUCGAACAGGAGAGUUGGGGUUCUUACACAACAUCACGAUUACAAAAAACAAGGCCAACCGGAAUGAAAAUGAAAUUUCGUCGUUUCAACCACUUUUUGUAUUGGGAAAAAUUGCUGAUACUUUUGAAGUGAUGGGAUUGCAUCAUUUUCCAAUUGACAUUGAAAACACUAUUGAGUUUUCCCAUGCAGAUAUCUACAAGAAUGGUUCAUGUGUGUUCCGGUGUGCAGACUACACUGUUGUUGUCUGUGAGUCAAAACGAACGCGUUACUUUGCAUCUUUGGUACCCCUUAUCAUAAACACGGUAUUUAGCAAGCACCACUUGAUAAUUGACAUUGUUGCCUUCAUCAAAAAGGGUGAAUUUCCUAUAUCCCGUCUCGGAACGAAGCAAAGGGCUCGGAUUGUUGACGCCUGGGUGCAGGGGGUUAUACCUAUUAGUGCAUCAUAUGGUGUUAACUAUGGCGAAAAUAGUAUGAUAAAGUUGAUAAAAGAAAUGGAAAAGUCGGCUCAGGAAAAUCCAAUGAUAGAGCUUAAAAAUCCAGCAUUAUCUUAUUACGAUUCUGAACUUGAUACCGUCAAUGUAUUUGACGACGACAAGCGAGAGAUACUAAGAUUGAACGAUCGUCCAUAG